GUAGCACUGUAUAACGCCGAUGUUACAGUUAGUGUGCUUGCGCCACGCUAGCGCUGUACAUUAAUAGUGCUCAGUUUUUUCAAUUCGUGAUUCUUCCUUUCUCUUUCUUUUUUGUUUUCGUAUUUUUUGAUUUUCCAUCAUUCUCUGACUGUUUUUUAACCUUCUUGUUUAUUUUUCUAUUCCUUUAUAUUUGUAUUUAUUAGUUUUGUGAGUACUGCAGUAUUCUGUUCUACAUUAGUGAAGCUUUUCAGUGACUAUUUAUUCAUCAAUUGUUCUAAGGAGAAGAAGCGAAGAAAGAUGAACAAAGUCUUUAGACUGAGAUUUGUAACUCUAUGCAGCAUCAUUUUGUUUUUGUGCUGCAACGGUGGCAAUGCUAUGCAAUGUUAUCAGUGUAACAGCCGCAAUAAUAGCCAAUGUGCCGAUCUUAUUCCUCCAGAUUCCAUGAAAAUAGAUUGCUCGGAUCUUAAAGAUGGUGCAAAAUACACAAUGUGCCGAAAAAUUACACAAGUCAUCGAGUUUAGCGUCAAUGGCUUACCACCAGAUACGCGAGUUAUUCGAGGAUGCGGAUGGGAUGAAUCAAAUUAUAAAGGCAAAUGCUAUCAACGCAGUGGCUUUGGUGGUAGACAAGAAGUUUGCUCCUGUUUAACUGACUAUUGCAAUUCGGCAAUGCCUGGAUCCGGAAUUUGGUCUCAACGUCUUAUUUUUUCAUGCAUCCUGAUCAAUUUAUUGCUAAUGUUUUCGUGGAAUUAGAUAUUCUUAGAAAAUAUUCGAAUUCGUUGGAUUUAAUUAUAAAACUAUAAUGAAGAUUAGAGAGAAAGAUUAUUAGGAAUAAUAUUAAUAAUGUAAGAUUAAUAUCAGCUCUUUAUCAAUGUAAAAUUGAAUAGCAGAUAAUUGAAGUAAUAAAAUUAUCAUCAAUGUAUUAUAUUAAAGCGUAAGAAAAAAUCGAGAAAACAAUUUUAUAUUAUACAGAUAAUUAAGAAAGACGGCCAUAUUUAGCGCUAUGACACAGUUAUAAGUACAUGCGCAACAGCAAAGCAAAUUCUACCUAGUUAAUUCUUGGAUUUCUUGAUCUCAGUAACUAUACUGAAUUGAUCAAGCUUUUAGUAAGCUUACUUGAUAGCUUGGAUUUGAAUUAUAUUUAAAUGUUUUUUUUCUAUAUAUACAUGUCGUAUAUGAACGACGAUCGUAUAAAGAUCUGAACUAAUAAAUUUUUAAUUAAGAAAUGUCAUUUAUAUCGUUCUUAAAAAAUAUUAUUUCAGCCUUUGAUGUAGUAUUCAUAAUGCUUCUUUUAAACAUAAGGCGGCGUUGACAUGUUUGCAGUUGAUAGUUCGAAUCAUACAAUAAAUUUAUGUAAAAAUAGAAAAUAAUAAUAAAUAAAAAGGAAGAUGUAAUUAAUAUAAAAGAUUAUAACAAAUAAAUAUGU